ACACAGCAUAGGGACCAUUCACGAUUACGCCAUCUGCUUUUUCCAACAAAAGAAAGAUUAUGAAGUUGUUUUUGUUUUAUCUUUUCUGCCAGUUUUUAUCAGCAGGGAAACACUCUUUGAAGUUUCUAAUGACCGGAUCUUCAGGACUCUCUAACUUCCCAGAGUUAGAAAUUACUGUGAUGGGAGACGAUAACUCAGUUGCAGUUUGCGACAGCCGCAACAAAUCAAUAAAGCACAAUUAUGACUGGGUUGAUAAAUUUCUCAAAGACGACCCUGGGCUACACGACUGGUUCAACUUGCAGUGUUUUGCACAACUGCCAUACUUUAGAGAUUAUAUGUCUGCUUUGAAGAAACAAUUCAGACAACAAGAAGGUGUCCAUUUUUUACAGUUGAUCAGUUCCUGUGAGACAGAUGAGGAGACUCAGAAUGUUAAUGCUGUUUUACUGUAUGGUUAUGAUAAAGAAGAUUUAAUUGCGCUGGAUUUUAAGACUCUGACUUGGAUUGCUCUAAAACCAGAAGCCAUACCAUUUAAAAGGGUAUGGGACACUGAAAGAGAGAGGAUUUUGCUCGACCAGAGAAUUCUUAUGCAGAUGUGCCCUGAAUGGGUGAAGAGAGGCUUGAAAACAGGGAAGGACUUUCUGCUGAGAACAGAGCAUCCCUCCUUGUUUCUGCUGCAGAAGACUCCUACUAGUCCAGUUACCUGCCACGCUACAGGCUUCUAUCCUAAAAGAGCCCUGAUGUUCUGGAGGAAAGAAGGGGAAGAGAUUCAUGAGGACGUGGAACAUGGAGAGAUCCUUCCAAACGAUGAUGGGACCUUCCAGAUGAGAGUUUACCUUAACAUCUCUUCAAUCAGUCUUGAAGACUGGAAGCAAUAUGUCUGUGUGUUUCAACUCAUAAACAAAGAGGAAAAAACUAUCCAACUUGAUGAAGCAGAAAUAAGAACCAACAGAGAGAGACCCAGUAACUCAACAAUCCUCAUCAUAGCUGUUGUAUUAUCAUCUGUUCUGGCUUCCAUUGGGGCUGCUGGAUAUGUGGCCUAUAAAAAGAAAACAGUUCCUGAGAGGAGGUUGGAGCUCACUGAGACGCUGAACCCAGAGACUUGAUCAACAAACAGUUGCCUGGUGUGGGGAUGUCUGUGUCUGUGAAAUAUAGUGCAUUCUGUACAUGCAUAAUAGAGGGAUUUGUUUUGCAGACCAGAUAGGCGAUGAGUUAAACCAAUUUCUUUUCUUUUCUAAAACCUGUUUCUUUUCACCGCAGAUCAGAUUCAAACGAAAACUUAUGAAACCUGAUUUGAUCUUAUCAUAGUUUCACUUUGCACCAGGUAAAACUAUUCAGUAGAUGAAACUUUAAGAUUUCAUAAUGGGUAUUAAUGACAUAUUAUAAAGAGACCAAAAAUUUGUGGCUGAAGACAGAAACAAAGGGGAAAAAAUCCGUUGACUUUGAGAAAUUCCUACAUUCAUGAUAAGGUUGGAUCUAUGGUCAGUUGCUGUCAACCUCUCAAAAGCAGUUAUGUUUUUUUUUCAGUGGCUUCCUGGCAGUGAUUGUUUUUUUUAGCCACUACCAGUUAGGCCGGUUGGGCUACAGUAGAGAUAUUUCUGUUCUCCAAACACAAGAAACAACGAUAGAUACAGAACAUUUUUUGUCCAAUGAAAAAAUGUAGAGCAAACAACCAAGACUUUGCUCUUUAUAUUUAAAGGGCCUAUAAUAUGCAAAAUCAACUUUUUGAGAUUUUAAAACUGUUAUAAUGCUAUUUCCCUCUCAAAAUCAUGCCGAGAGUGUUAAUUCAAUCAAUUCAUGUGUGUCUGAGUAAUCCUCAUAAAUUUUGCUGUCUCAAGCACAGCCCGUCCUGCACAGUGACAGCAAGUAUAAGCUACUUAGCUAAGUCAUAAAAAAGUGUUUUUCGCUGCAAAAGCACUAAAAAGAUUUCCUUUCUAGAGAGCCUAAGCACCAGAAGUACCAUGAUGUCAUGAAAUGGCCGCCCACACCUGUUAAUAGUAAAUGAAUAGUCUGUAGUGCCAAAGGCAAUAUUUUGCAUAGUUGACUUUGGAAGAUGUAAAAAAGCAUGACUUAGAGCAUUUAAACAAUACUAUAA